CGUGAGAGAUAAGAUUACGCGAGCUUUUAACUCAGCGAACAGACUUGAUAAGCAUCAUCUUGUAUCGAGGCCUCGAACGUGCUGAAUCGAUUUCCACAAUGCCAGCCUACAGGUGGAUAAGUCGCACCGGCACUCAAUCGCUGCCAGAAAACGCGGUCACUGGCGGCCGCGACUGUGACGGAAGCACGAUUUACGUCGGCAGAGCUUUUCACGAUGGCGACUUGCUGCCAGCGAAAGUAAUUCCUGACAAGAACGUCGCCUACGUUUGUCAUGGUGGCGAGGAACAUCCCAAAGAUAACUUCGAAAUUCUUUGCCAGGGCGAAUUCGCCUGGGAGUUCUGCAGAGACGGUGAGGUGCCAGAGGAUGCGGUGAUCGCCGGUCAAACCGCGGAUGGAGAACCCCUGUACGUUGGCCGUGUCCUCCAUAGUGGAUCUCAAACGAUCGGCAAGGUACAACCGAGUCACGGAUGCCUGUACAUUCCGUUUGACGGCGAGGAGCUAUCAUUCAAGGAUUACGAAGUGCUCGUCAUGCAUUAACUCGAUUGAAGAUGCUCGGUGUAAUGCGCGUCUCAUACAUGGUCAGAGUUAAUCGAGUUAGUUAAGCAACAACCUCCAAAUAAACUGUUAAGACAUAAGGAUUUGCGUGGCAAAAUUAUUGCGAGAGAAGAGCAUCGUUUUUUCAAUCGUUUUGUAAGGAUUAAAAUGCAAUGGCCAAAUAUCUGUGUAACUAUUUUGCCUGAUUCUUUUGAUCAAUGACUUAUCCAAGCGAAACAAUCAGCUAUUUAUAUUAUUGAAUUUCAUUACUUAGCAAUAUUUAUACGAUUUACGAUAUAUAAUAAGAUCAAUAUUGUGACAUUAAUUAAAUUAAAUGCAUUUUCAAUUUCUCC